GUAAGGACCAGAGAUAGACACAGAAGGCUAUAGUAGGCGACCGCUCUGUAAGGGCAGCGAUAGCUAUAUGAUUUCUCAGUUCUCACAUCAUCAAAAUUAUUCCGAAUAAUAUUGUUGGUUGGAAACUUUUGAGAAGGGUUCGUUUUUGUGGAUUUGGGACAACCUGCACUCUCUCCGUUCUUCUACGCCGUUUAUUCGUUUUACGGACGUGUGAAAUGUGGAUUAUCGACACUGGUGAUACCGCCUGUUAAUUGGGAAUAGAUAAGAAUAUGCAUCGACACCAGCUCUAGCGCCGUGGGAAAAAGAAAAAGAAACGAGGGAUCUCAUCUCGCGCUUUUUACCCUAGCCUCGUUAUUCAUCCUUUCGACUCGAAUCUAACAUUUGGAGUGAAACAUUUGGAGCGGACGAAGGAAUUUGUGUGAAUUUGGCCCGCGUGUAACCACUUGCUCCUCACUUCGCUUGGCUCUUCUGGUCUCCCUUCUCCGUGUGAUAAUCGUGGUCCGGUGAGAUUCAGCUAACCCCUCGGUCCGCAUGACAUGGUUCAGUCUAGUUGCGGGUGCCGAGCCUCGAUGCAUUGGGAUUUUUCUCAGCGCCGACACCACGACCAAGUGAAUCAUCUUUCUAAAACCGUCUGAUAUAUCCGUGCGUGCUGUCCCCGAGGAAAAAAAAAACAAUUGCCAUGACCGCGUAUUCCAACCCGGACGGAACCGGACACGUUACCGGGCACGUUCGGAGGACAGAGUGCAGAUGUAAUAGCAGGCACAUCGUUACCGGGUCGAGGAAAACGGACGGAAUAGGGAUUUUUGCGCUAAUGAAGGUGGGACUAGCAGCACACCAUUGGAGCCGGGUUCUGUUCGUGUAUAUGGGGCUACUGACAGCCUUAGCCUCGGUAAAGGCUCAGAACUGCAGCUAUGUUCUCCAGAGCCCAAAUGGUACCCUGGAGAGCCCUGGGUACCCGUAUGGCUACCCCAACUAUGCCAACUGCACCUGGGUGAUCCUGGCGGCAGAACACAACCGGAUUCAGCUGGUGUUCCAGGGCUUUGCUCUAGAGGAGGACUUCGACCUACUGUCUGUCUACGAUGGCCCACCCAGCCCUGGGAACCUACGAACCAGGCUGACCGGGUUCCAGCUGCCCCCCCCCAUAGUGAGCUCAGGACCCAGACUCACGCUGUGGCUGCUGUCGGACUACGCCGUCAGUGGGCAGGGAUUCAAGGCCAUCUACGAGGCCUUGCCCAGUUAUACCUGUGGGAAUCCCGGCCAGCUGGUCAACGGUCUCCAGCAGGGUUCCACCUUUAACAUUGGGGAGAAGAUCCGGUACAGCUGUAGCCCCGGUUAUGUGUUAGAAGGACACACGACACUGUCCUGCCUGGCCACCUCAGCCGGGACUGCAGCGUGGGACUUCCCUCUACCCUACUGUAGAGCGGAUGACGGCUGUGGGGGUACACUACGAGGCCAGAGCGGAGUGAUCACCAGCCCCAACUACCCCGCGGAGUACAGCAACAAUGCAGACUGCACAUGGACUGUCCUGGCCGAGCCCGGUGACACCAUUGCCCUGGUCUUCUCUGACUUCCAGCUAGAGGAUGACUAUGACCUGCUGGAGGUCAGCGGCACGGAAGGCUCAUCCCAGUGGUUUACUGGUCCUAACCUGCCCUCUCCAAUCAUCAGCAGUAAGAAUUGGCUGAGGCUUCACUUCACCUCAGAUGGAAACCACAAGCUGAGAGGCUUCAGUGCCCAGUACCAAGUGAAGAAGAUGACUGAACUGAAGUCUAGAGGCGUCAAGAUGCUGCCCAGUAAAGACAACCAUCACAAGAUAUCAGUUUUGUCUCAGAUGGGUGUGGCCCAGGGUCAUAACAUGUGCCCUGACCCAGGGAUUCCGGAUCGUGGGAAAAGAAAAGGUUCUGACUUCAGGCGCGGCGCCACGGUCCACUUCUCCUGCGACGAGGGCUACGAGCUGCAGGGCUCCAAGAGCAUCAGCUGCCUGCGAGUUACGGACAGCUACGUUGGUUGGAGUGAUGACCGGCCCAUCUGCAGAGCUCCGGUAUGUGGCGGUCAGCUGAGAGGUCCGAACGGCAUCAUCACCUCCCCCAACUACCCCGUCCAGUACGACAACAACGCCAACUGCACCUGGGUAAUCACGGCCGCAGACACCACCAAGGUGAUCAAACUGACCUUUGAGGAUUUUGACCUGGAGCGUGGUUACGAUACGUUGACAGUUGGAGAUGGAGCGAUGGUCGGAGACCAGAAAACCGUCUUUCACGUCCUUUCAGGUUCCACCACCCCUGACCUUGUAGUCAGCACCAGCCAUCAGAUGUGGCUCAACUUCAAAACGGAUGACACCAGUGGCUCUCUGGGCUUCAGAGUGUCUUAUGAAGAGAUCGACCAGGGCAGCUGUGGAGACCCUGGAGUACCAGCCUAUGGCAAGCGGGAAGGCACUGGGUUCCGUCACGGGGACAGACUUCACUUUGAGUGUCUCCCUGCCUUCGAGCUGGUGGGAAAGAAGAACAUCACGUGUCAGAAGAACAACCAAUGGUCCGCUAAGAAACCCAGCUGUGUCUUCUCAUGCUUCUUCAACUUCACCCAGCCGUCUGGCGUUCUGCUGUCCCCUAACUACCCCCAGGAAUAUGGCAACAACAUGCACUGUGUCUGGCUCAUCAUCACCAAGCCAGAGAGCCGCAUCAACCUGGCCUUCAAUGACCUCAGCAUGGAGAAACAGUUUGACUUCCUCAGCGUCAAAGAUGGCGGCAAGGCGGAGUCCCCCAUUUUGGGGACGUUCUCUGGUGAUGUCCUGCCAGCUCCCAUCACCACCAGUGCCCAUGUGGCCCGCCUGGAGUUCCUGACUGACCACACAUACACGGACAGGGGCUUCAACAUCACCUUCACCACUUUCCGCCACAAUGAGUGUCCCGACCCAGGGGUUCCGGUGAACGGCAAGAGGUUUGGUGAGAGCCUUCAGCUGGGCAGCUCCAUCUCCUUCCUGUGUGAGGAGGGCUUUGUAAAGACUCACGGCUCCCAGACGGUCUCGUGCAUCCUGAAGGAUGGAAACGUAGUCUGGGACAACGCCGUACCUCGCUGUGAAGCUCCGUGUGGGGGAGAUCUAAAGGCACCUAGCGGUAUAAUCCUGUCCCCUGGUUGGCCAGAGCUUUAUAAGGAGGCUCUGAACUGUGAGUGGGUAAUCGAAGCUCCACCUGGAUAUCCCAUCAAGAUCAUCUUUGACAAAUUCCGUACUGAGGUGAACUAUGAUGUACUGGAAGUGCGGGAUGGCCGGUUCCCCUCCUCGCCUCUGAUUGGUAGUUAUCAGGGAACCCAGGUGCCCCAGUUCCUGAUCAGCACAUCCAACUUCUUGUUUCUCCUCUUCUCCACUGACAAGAGCCACUCUGACAUUGGCUUCCGCAUCCGUUAUGAGACUCUUCAACUACAGUCGGAUCACUGUGUCGACCCCGGUAUUCCCGUCAAUGGUCAACGCCAUGGCAACGACUUCUACGUGGGUGCCUUGGUGACGUUCAGCUGUGAUGCGGGGUACUCCCUGAGUGAUGUGGAACCCCUGGAAUGUGAACCCAACUUCCAGUGGAGUCGUCCUCUACCCAGCUGUGAUGCUUUAUGUGGAGGUUACAUACAGGGUAACACCGGUACUAUUCUGUCCCCGGGGUUCCCGGACUUCUACCCCCACAAUCUCAACUGCACCUGGAUGAUUGAGUCCUCACACGGCAAAGGUGUCCAGUUCACCUUCCAUACGUUCCACCUGGAGUCUCCCCAUGACCACCUGCUGGUCACAGAGAACAGUAGCUUCUCUGAGCCCCUGUGGAGGCUGACAGGCUCAACGCUCCCCCCCACUCUCAGUGCGGGCCUGUACGGGAACUACACCGCCCAGAUACGCUUCCUGUCCGACUUCUCUGUGUCCUACGAGGGAUUCAACAUUACUUUUUCAGAGUAUGACCUGGAGCCGUGUGAGGACCCCGGCGUCCCCCCCUACAGUACCCGGAAGGGGUUGCAGUUUGGGGUCGGGGACGCCCUCAUCUUCUCCUGUUUCCCUGGUUACCGCCUGGAGGGCCCGGCAAGGGUGACUUGUCUGGGGGGGCGCAGGCGGGUGUGGAGCUCCCCGCUGCCAAGGUGUGUUGCCGAGUGUGGCUCCUCGGUUACGGGCAUGCAGGGAGUACUGCUGUCGCCCAACUACCCCGGUUACUAUGGGAACAACCACGAAUGCAUCUACUCCAUCCAGACCCAGCCAGGGAAGGGGCUCCAACUCAGAGCACGAGACUUCAGGCUGGAGGAUGAUGACAUGCUCAGGGUAUAUGAUGGAGGGAGUAAGGAGGCUCGUCUGCUGGGUGUCUUCUCUGGCACUGAUCUGCAGGACACCAUCCUAAACUCCACCUCCAGCUCCAUGUGGCUGGAGUUUGUAAGCAAUGCAGAUAACACCAGCAAAGGCUUCGAGCUGCACUUUACUAGCUUUGAGCUGGUGAAAUGUGAAGACCCUGGCAUUCCCCAGUUUGGAUAUAAAAGAGAGGACAAAGGUCACUUUGCAGGCAGUACCGUUUCCUACAGCUGUGACCCAGGAUAUACCCUGAAGGGACCCCAGGUCCUGACCUGUCUGAGAGGGGAGCGGAGGUCUUGGGACAGUCCACUGCCUCUCUGCAUUGCGGAGUGUGGUGGGACCAUCAUGGAUGAGCCUACAGGCCGGAUAUUGUCUCCAGGUUAUCCAGCUCCAUAUGAACACAACCUCCACUGUGUCUGGAACAUCCAAGCUGCUCCAGGAAGCACCGUCAGUCUCCACUUCCUGGUUUUCCACACAGAGGAGGUGCAUGAUGUGUUGCGUAUCUGGGACGGUCCCCAGGAUGGAGGCGUCCUCCUCAGGGAGCUCAGCGGUUCAGCCCUCCCUCCUGACGCCCACAGCACCUUCAACACCGUCAGUCUCCAGUUCACCACUGACUUCUUCACCUCUAAACAGGGCUUUGCUGUGCAGUUCUCUGUGUCCACGGCAACAUCCUGUAACGACCCGGGUCUCCCGGCCAAUGGGACGCGGAGCGGAGACAGCAGGGAGCCUGGGGACCACGUGCUGUUCCAGUGUGAUCCUGGAUACACACUGCAGGGGGCGACCAAGAUCACCUGCACUGAGAUCAACAGCCGAUUCUUCUGGCAGCCGGACCCUCCAACCUGCUCAGCCCCGUGUGGGGGGAACCUGACGGGCCCCAGCGGCCUGAUCCUGUCCCCAGAGUAUCCUGAGCCAUACCCACAUGGCCGUGAAUGUGACUGGACCGUCUCAGUCACCCCGGACUACGUCAUUGCAUUGAGCUUCAACCAGUUCAGUCUGGAGCCGAGCUACGACUUUCUUCAUAUCUACGACGGUCCCGACUCGCUCCACCCUCUCCUGGGAAGUUUUUACGGCACUGACGUCCCGGACCGCAUCGAAAGCAGCUCCAACACGCUCUUCCUGGCCUUCCGCAGCGAUGCCUCACUCAGCAGCAACGGCUUUGUCCUGCAGUACACAGAGAACCCCAGGGAGUCGUGCUUCGAGCCAGGCGUCGUGCGGAACGGAAGCCGGGUGGGGUCGGACCUGAAGCUGGGCUCGACCGUGACGUACUACUGUGACAACGGAUACACUCUAGAGGGAGACGACACGCUCACAUGCAUCAUGGGAGGAGACAGCAAACCCUCCUGGAACAAACACAAGCCCAUCUGCAUAGCGCCAUGUGGAGGGCAGUAUAACGGGUUAGAAGGUGUGGUCUUGUCUCCAGGUUACCCUGGCAACUACAGCAGUGCCCGGACAUGUCUGUACUCGGUCGUUGUUCCCAAAGACUACGUGGUGUUCAGCCAGUUCGCGUUCUUCCAGACCGCCCUGAAUGACGUAGUGGAGGUCUAUGAUGGAGCGACGCAGUCCUCACGUGUGCUCAGCUCCUUAUCUGGUGCACACACAGGCGAGUCUCUACCAUUGGCAACAUCCAAUCAGAUCCUGAUCCGAUUCACCUCCAAAGGCCAAUCAAGCUCCAAAGGAUUCCACCUGGUGUAUCAAGCUGUACCCAGGACCAGUGCCACUCAGUGCACGUCGGUCCCUGAGCCCAGGAACGGGAGGAGAAUGGGGAGCAGCUUUGCCGUGGCUGCCGUCAUCCGCUUCGAGUGCACCCCCGGAUACGUCCUGGAAGGCUCGCCGGCCAUUGAGUGUCUGACGGUCCCCAACGCGCUGGCCAACUGGAACAGCUCCAUUCCCAGCUGUAUCGUUCCUUGUGGGGGGAACCUGACCCAGCGAACCGGCACCAUACUGUCCCCUGGGUUUCCAGAACCGUAUCUCAACAGUCUCAACUGUGUCUGGAAGAUCACUGUCCCAGAAGGAUCCGGAAUACAGAUCCAAGUGAUUAGUUUUGUGACGGAGCAGAACUGGGAUUCUCUGGAGGUGUUUGAUGGAGGAGACAACACUGACACCAUGCUGGGAAGCUUCUCAGGAACCACGGUUCCUGCUCUCCUGAACAGCACGUCCAAUCAGCUGUACCUACACUUUUACUCGGACAUCAGCGUGUCUGCGGCCGGCUUCAGACUGGAGUACAAGACGGUGUCCCUGUCCAGUUGUCCAGAGCCAGUGGUCCCUAUGAAUGGGAUCAAGGUGGGGGACAGACUUCAGAUGAACAACGUUGUUUCCUUCCUGUGUGAACCAGGCUACACGUUGCAGGGAAACUCUCACAUCUCCUGCAUGCCUGGAACUGUCAGACGAUGGAACUUCCCUCCUCCUCUCUGCAUUGCACAAUGUGGAGGAGUCCGUGAGGAGAUGGAGGGCAUGAUUCUGAGCCCUGGUUUCCCCGGUAACUACCCUAGCAACAGCGAUUGUACCUGGAGGAUCUACCUGCCAGUGGGAUACGGAGCCCACAUCCAGUUCCUGAACUUCUCAACCGAGGCCAACCAUGACUUCCUGGAGAUAAGGAACGGCCCCCUCGACACCAGCAGUGUGAUUGGUCGAUUCAGUGGACAGGAUGUCCCGCCCUCUCUCCUCACCACCUCCCAUGAGACAACAGUGUAUUUUCAUAGUGAUCACUCCCAGAACCGACCAGGCUUCAGAUUUGAGUAUCAAGCCUAUGAGCUCGCAGAAUGUCCAGACCCGGAGCCAUUCCGGUAUGGUGUGGUUGUGGGGGCGGGCUACAACGUGGGCCAAUCCAUUUCCUUUGAGUGCAUCCCUGGUUACCAGUUGAUGGGCCAUUCCAUCCUGACCUGUGAACACGGAACCACACGCAAUUGGGACCGUCCAUUCCCUCGCUGCGAAGUGCCCUGUGGGGGAAACAUCACGUCUGACAAUGGGACCGUGUUCUCUCCUGGCUAUCCAGAGGAGUACCCCGGGUCGGCUGACUGCACGUGGCUGAUCAGCGUGGCCCCUGGCCUGGGUGUGCGACUGAACUUCACCCUGCUGCAGGUCCACGGGCCCCACGACUUCAUCACUGUCUGGGAUGGCCCCCAGGAAACGGCAAGGAAACUUGGCGUGUUUACGGAGGGCGAGCCUAAUGAACCCGCCAGCAGUACGUCCAAUCAGGUCCUUGUACGUUUCCGUAGCAACACAGAGAAAGGUGGACUGUUUCGAAUCAACUAUCAAGCGUACAGACUGCAGUUUUGCUUGCCUCCGCCAAUCAUCCCCAAUGCAGAGAUCCUAAUGGCCAGCAAGGAAUUUAAAAUUGGAGACAUAGUGCGUUACAGAUGCCUUCCAGGCUACCAGCUCAGUGGUAACAGCAUCCUAACCUGUCAUCUUGGCACUCAUCUGGAGUUCCAGGGGCCUCCACCCUCCUGUGAUGUGACGUGUCCAAUGAAUGAGGUCCUAACGGCUUCCACUGGGGUAAUCAUGAGCCAGUCCCCUGGAAAUGGCUUCCCCCACUUUGAGUCCUGUUCCUGGGUGGUCAAAGUUGAGCCGGGCUUCAACAUCACCUUCACCAUAGAACACUUCCAGACCAGUCGGCAGUUUGAUGAGCUGGAGAUCUUUGACGGCCCAUCCAGACAGAGUCCUCUCCUGAUCACCCUGAGUGGUAACUACUCAUCUCCUCUCAGCAUCACCAGUUCAAGUAACAAGGUUUACCUACACUGGUCUUUUGACCACACGACCAAUCACAAGGGCUUCCGCAUUCGAUACUCAGCGGCGUACUGCAGCUCCCCCAGGAAUCCCCUGAACGGAACAGUCCACAGUCAGACUGGUACCAAGCUAGGUAGCACCCUGCGCUUCAGCUGUGACCCAGGCUUCCGUCUGAUUGGCCAGAGCAGUGCCACCUGCACUCGCACCCCCCAGGGCAUCUUCACCUGGAACGCCCCCGUUCCUCUCUGCCAAGUGAUUGCCUGUGGGAUGCCGGUGCCUCCCGUUAACGGCAGUAUUGUUGGGCAGGACUUCACUCUCGGGGCCAGGGCCAUGUACAAGUGCAACCCCGGCUUCCGAUUGGCCAGCCCUCUCGCUGCGUCCGUCAUCUGUCAGGAGUCAGGGAGGUGGAGCCCCAAUGAAGCCCCGCCCCGCUGCAUACCGGUCACCUGCCCUGAUAUCGGCCACGCCGCAGUGGAUCAUGGGAGAUGGAGGCUGAUCUAUGGGACUCAGAGCCAGUAUGAUGCCAUGAUGAUGCUCAUCUGUGACCCUGGGUACUACUACAAGGGUCAAAGGGUCAUCCGUUGCCAGGCUAACAGCACUUGGGAUUACCCAGAACCCCGACCUGCCUGCGAGAUAAUCUCCUGCGGAGACCUUGGUACGCCUCCAAACGGGAAUAAGAUCGGAACAUUGACAGUGUUUGGAGCGACGGCCAUCUUCUCCUGCAACACCGGCUACACUCUGGUGGGGUCAAGGGUCAGGGAAUGUAUGUCCAACGGGCUCUGGAGUGGAUCUCAGGUCCAGUGUCUCGCGGGUCACUGUGGGACACCUGACCCCAUUGUCAAUGGCCAGAUCAUAGGGGAGAACUACAACUACAGAGGCAGCGUUGUCUACCAAUGUAACCCGGGAUUCAGACUCAUCGGGGUGUCCGUACGCAUCUGUGAACAGGACCACCGCUGGUCUGGGCGCACCCCCGUCUGUGUCCCAAUCACUUGUGGUCACCCUGGCAACCCUACCUUUGGUGUUACCCAGGGAACACAGUUCAACCUGAACGACAUUGUGCGUUUCGUCUGCAAUUCUGGAUAUGUCCUACAGGGGGCUGUCAAGUCUCAAUGUCAAGCCAACGGACAGUGGAGCUACGCCCUCCCCAAGUGUACAAUUGUGAACUGUACGGAGCCAGGUCUCGUAGAGAACAGCGUCCGGCAGGUGUUGUCUAAAGGCCCUGGUCGGUUCAGCUUCCAGACCGCUGUGUCGUACAGCUGCAACCCUGGAUACCAUCUACUGGGAACCAACACCCUGUCCUGCCAGGGAGAUGGAACCUGGGACCGGGCACUGCCCAAAUGUCUCUUGGUGCUGUGUGACCGUCCCAGCAUGCCUCCCUAUGCCCAGAUAUCCGGCGACCGGCGCACGGUGGGCUCGGUGAUCCGGUUCAGCUGUGUGGGACAGAGGACAGUGGUGGGCAACACCACCCGGAUGUGUCAGCUGGACGGCCAAUGGAGCGGCUCCCUGCCACAUUGUUCCGGAGAGUCCGUGGGACUAUGUGGGGACCCGGGGAUUCCUGUUCACGGUAUCAGACUGGGAGAAGACUUCUCCGUGGGCAGUGUGGUGGGCUUCAGCUGUGAGCAGGGCCACCUCCUCCGAGGGUCUUCAGAGAGGACAUGCCAACCCAACAGUACCUGGAGCGGUACCCAGCCUGAGUGCCGUGUGAUCUCCUGUGGGAACCCAGGGACGCCUCGUAACGCUCAGAUUCUGUCCCACGAUGGCUUGAUGUUUUCCCAGUCCAUCACGUACGCCUGUCGGGACGGUUACUACUCCAAUGGACUUCUGACCCGCCACUGUACUGUCAACGGGACAUGGACCGGCACCAUGCCAGAAUGCACAGUGAUAAUGUGUGGAGACCCUGGAGUGCCUGCUAAUGGCGUGAGGCUGGGUAAUUCCUUCUUCUACAACAGCACUGUGAGUUACCAGUGUUCUCCAGGCUUCACCAUGGACGCUGACCGGGGAACCUCCACCCGGGCCUCCACCCUGGUCUGCACCAAGGACCGAACGUGGAACGCCACCAAGCCACAGUGCAAAGCCAUAGUGUGUUCAGCCCCUCCUCCCAUUCCUAACGGCCAGGUGGUUGGAACAGACUUCACCUGGGGCAACAGCGUUAGUUACGCCUGUAACCAGGGUUACCAGCUGUCCCUGCCAACCGUCCUGACCUGUCAGGGUAAUGGCAGCUGGAGUGGGGAGAAGCCGCAGUGCUUCCCCGUGUUCUGUGGGGACCCAGGUAUUCCGGACCAGGGCAGGAGAGAGGAUCGGGGGUUCACCUACCUGUCCUCCGUCUCCUUCUCUUGUUUGCCUCCCCGCGUGCUGGUGGGCUCAGCCAGACGUUACUGUCAGCAUGAUGGUACCUGGAGCGGGACCCAGGCCUCCUGUAUAGACCCCAGCCACACCAGCUGUGUGGAUCCUGGUACACCCCUUUUUGGGACCCAGAACAACUCCCAAGGAUACCAGAUUAGCAGCACUGUGUUCUUCAGCUGUAGAAAAGGCUACUUGCUGCAAGGCUCCAUCACACGGACCUGUCUACCCAACCUCACCUGGAGUGGCUUCCAGCCAGAAUGUUUAGCCCACCACUGCAGCCAGCCAGAGAUGCCGAGUCAGGCCGACGUUUCGGCUAUUGAGCUGCCGUCUCUCGGCUACACGCUGAUCUACAGCUGUCAGCCAGGGUUCUACCUGGCUGGGGGCUCGGAACACAGAACCUGCCGCGCUGAUGGGAGCUGGACCGGAAAACCACCUGUCUGUGCUGCUGACAACCGUCCAAGUGGGAAUAAAGUCGGGACUGUCCAGGAGCCUCCAAGCCCAAAACUACCAGUUCCAGGUGGGGUGUUUGCCAAGAACAGUCUGUGGAGGGGUUCCUAUGAGUACCUGGGGAAGAAGCAGCCGGCCAUGCUAAGCAUCACGGCCUUCGAUUCCUUCAGUAGCCGCGUCAACGGAACGCUGAUCGACCACAGUGGGGUGGAGCUCAAACUGGCCGGCACCUAUAAAAGAGAGGAGUCCCAGUUGUUGCUGCAAGUCCACCAGAUCAGAGGGCCGGUGGAGAUUUUUGUCAACAAGUUUAAGAUCGACAACUGGGCCCUCGACGGACAUGUGUCCUACAUCGCCUCAUCAAGCUCAUUUGUUUACCAAGGAUUUGUCAGAGGAAAAGGGUUUGGACAGUUUGGUCUUCAACGGCUAGACAACUUAGACCCAUCCCCGGAGAAUCCCCACUUCCCGCCCAACAGCAGCUCAGUGGCGGCCGCCAUCUUGGUACCUUUCAUAGCCAUGAUCAUCGCAGGUUUCGCUCUGUACCUCUACAAACACAGGAGAAGACCCAAAGCACCGUUCAAUGGCUAUGUUGGUCAUGAGAACACCAACGGUCGAGCCACGUUUGAGAACCCCAUGUACGACCGCAACAUCCAGCCCACUGACAUCCUGGCCAAUGAGACGGAGUUCACAGUUAGCACGGUGUGCACGGCGGUAUAGCCAACGCCCCCUCCAUAGUCUUCUAAUCCUCCCAUCACCCACCUUGCUGGCAAAGGAACCAGACAGCAGGACACCCACCCAUGCCAGUGCCAUCGUCCAUGACUGACCACACCCACCUACCUGGGCCGAUGGAACGGGGAUGAUUUUAUAUAGACUCGGAUACAUUACAGAGACAUACUUCCUGAUGGUGGGCUCACAUUAAGAUGACAACCUCGUGAGCAGACACCAGAACUAAGCGAUGAUGGUGGUGCAACCUUCUCACGGUCUCCUAGAGACGGUCUCCUAGAGACAGUCUCCAGGACACGGUCUAGAGACUUCAGUGUCCUGAGGAACAUCUCGUAUUGUCCGCCCGAGCUGCUUCAGUCCACUAUUACAAUGGUUGUCCGUCUUCAUCGAUGUUCUUCUCGACACAAACCUGAAUGGAUUAUAAAGGUCAACUUUUGUCAGUGAUAUUGGCUGAUAGCAGCAGACACCCAUUGUUCUGAGAGAAGCGACCAGCCCUGUGUUAGCUGCACCUGGCGUACUGAACACAACAUGGACCGGAUGUAGCUGAUCUGUACAUCAUGAAAAAGGCCUUCUGGACUGUGUUGGAUAUUUUCUCUGACCCCCAUUGACCAAUAUAUGUAUUUUUCUUUAUAUACUGCUUGCUUUUUGGCAUAUCAGAGAAAUAAUUGGAUCCCUUUUAUCCCUUACCGUUGUUUUUUCACUCCUCUGGAACGUUCCCCAGAGGCCUUGACACUGUCCAUUGGGAGGUUGAAGCAGGAGGAAAUGUGGAGGCCUCAUUUUGGAAGAUGUGGAUUUUAUCAUUAUUGCUUUUCAACCCCCCCCCCCUUGUUUAUCAAGGCAGGGAAGAGAUUAUGCUUGAUAAGGCAUUGCUGUCCAGGAUCAGAGGUCAAGAGGUAGCUCGGCCUUCUGGGAAAGCACUUACAAAGGAUGUCAAGGAUCUGUGUGUGUGUUUGUGUGUUUGUAUGUUUGGAUGUUUGUGGUUGCGUGUGCAACUGAGCAUGUGAUGGCUACAUCAGUAAUCUGGUCCAAAGCAUAUUCAUUGCACUUCCUUUUUUGCAAAUUCCUGAAGACUCAUUCAGAUUUAAUUUGCUUCCCCUCUUAAUGAUACACUGUCCCUCUUCAGUUUCUAGUGCCGUGACAUUUCAGAUCAUUCUGAUGAGGGCACUUUUAAACUAGACCCAAACUGAUGUUUUUGACCUAAAGAAAAAAUCUAAAAGUUGUUUGCAAACAAGAAGUGCCAGAUUUUAAAGAUGUGGCAGUGGAUAACAGCUCUGGGUAUAACCCUGGGAAGCUGCCUCAUGAAACAUCUGCUCUCGCAUUGUUACAAGAUCUGUGAUGAAUGAUCGGAAAACUGUUGGAUCUGGGAAGCAGCCUUUGAUUUCAACACCAGAACACAGACCGUGCUGAGAUUGGGGUUGGCGAACUCCAAGCCACCAUUCAAAGCCCCAAACCCACUGCACAGUGACCUGUGGAGAAACACACUGGUGCAUUGUACUAGGUGUCAGCACCUUCCUGCACUAUGUUCAGGUCCAAUCUACAUCUGUCAGUGAACGUUAGACAUGAAGCAAAGCUAGGACUAAGCCACUUAUGUCCAUGGAUACUGAAGGACCUAGGGAACACCUCACACUUUUCCAUGGAGGACAGGGCGGAGAACAUAUCAGUAGUGGAGGAACCUGGAGGACAGGGCGGAGAACAUGGAGGAUGGAGGAGAAAAGAGAAGCAAGUCUUUGUUUACCAACAAAAUAAUUACAUUUGUUGUCUCUCUGCAACAAUACAUUCUUUACCUGGUAAUUUCUCUCCCUCUCUCUGUCUCUCUUUUGUCUGUUCUGACGGUCUGGACAAAAAUGAGGACCAAAAUCAUUGACUGCUUGACAGUGUUUUUCACGUUAAGAAAUGCUUCAUCAGAUCCCAGCAGGUAGUAACUUUGCUGCAUUGCUAAAAAUUUCCUUGGCUCAUGGAAGAUAUUCUGUGGAAGGUCUCAUCAUAGCUUUGAUAGCAGAAGAGUUGAAUAUCGGUGGUUUUUGCAAUUACUCCUGUGAAGCUUCAAAUAGAAAUGAUUAAGCAGAUGAUAUGAAAACAGUGUUUAUGCUUACAAUUCCCGUCUCCCGCAUCGUAAUCUAUGAAUUAUCGGGGAAAGUUUGGCGUAGCUGAGCAGCUGGGGCAUUGGUGGGUGGAGAUAGACGACUGCCAUCACUUAGCUUUCAUUAUUUUCAGAUGUAAGAAAGGGCGCUAGUUGUGGCUACAAGGGGAGGGGUGAGAGUCUAGCUGUGAGGGAGGGGCUAGAAUCUGUCUCUUGGGGAGGGACUAAAAUCUGUCUGGAAGAGAGGGGCUAGAGUGGCUGGAUGGGAGGGGCUAGAAUCUAGCUGGAGUGGCGGGGCUAAAGUCUGACUGGAGUUAGGUAGUUAGACAUGUCAUAGGAUGUAGGGCUGUGUUUAAAAUGGGGAAUUUUCAUGCCUUGUCCUUUAUGCCGCCCUGUCGUUCAACAUCCACUUUAAAAUAGAGCCGCUUUAAAAGACUCUCUGAACUGUUUGUCCUCUGUUAGAUCCUGUAGCAGGAGCUAACGUGGAGUUUUGGAAGAAUGGCGUAGAUUGUGCUUUCGUAACACUGAGGCAAAUUGUACCCCAUUACAUGUAAUUUGCUUCUAUCCCAUCCACAUGUCCACACGUCCUGUAAGCCUAUACAACAGGUAUGUAUGUCUCAUUCCAAUUCCCUGUCCCACAAUGCCAUCAUCAUUUACCAGACACCAAUCAGGCGCAGCCAAACAGCUUUUCACUGUUUAAAUCUGCCGCAUUACAAACAUUUGUUUUCCACUGAAGAUUUUAAAGCACUUACAUAAUUCAGUGUUAGCAAGAAAAAAACAAUAGUCAAAGUCUUUGAGACCAAUCACUGUAUUGUUCUGCCUGUUUGUUCUCAGCCUCACUCGGUAAUUGGUUUUAUAACUUUAUUACUUUUAAAGCUCUGGCUUAUCCCUCCAGUGUGUAUAUGGUAUUGCCCGGUGCCCGUUCCAAUCGCGAGUUGAUGGAAAAGGCAAAGAUUGAAUUUCCCUAGUGAUUUCAUGGGCUGUGGUGUUGUAGUCAUAUUAUCUUGAAUCUAUUGGCGUUCAUAUAACCGUUCGUUACUGCUGUUUUUGUUUUAUCCAUUUCCUAUAAUUUCAUUUCAAAUUACCCAAAGUGGUUCGGCGAGUUGAGGUGGUAUUAUCACCUUCCAUUCAGUUGCAGCUCAGACCGAAUGGCUAUGAACCCUUUGAGUCCCUAAUACAUUUUUAUAUCUGCACACACAUACGCACACUCACACACACACACACACACACACACACACAAAUACCUUCCCCAUGGUAAUUUGCAGCACAUAUUUCCCCAUACACUGGAUGUCUCUGCCUAUAGGGUUUUAAAUACAAGCAGAUUUGAUUAUCCAAUACAAAGUGACAGAAUGCCAUCUGUCUGGAGAAAGUUCCGGCCUUCGCUGAUUGCUUCUAUUUUUAGGUAAUUAUAUUUGAGGAUGCUCACAGACAGUCUGUCAUAGAUAGUCAUAGAUAUCACCUAGAGAUAGUACAGCAUUACAGGCCAUUAUGUAACUGUCUAGCCACUGGUUCCUGGAGAGCUCUCAGUCUGUUUUGAAAUGGAAUGUUGUGUUUCCCAGGGCUGAAAGCUGCCCUUCCAGCCGCCCUGUUUUUACAUACCUCACUUACUGCUGAAUACAGUGCCUUGGUAACGCCUACCUGGAUACAGCACACCUCCAACAGGUGGAUCCUCUUUAUUUGUGUUUGUGGAGGAUGAGAAGAGGGGAGGAGACGACAGGAGUGGAGGAGUAGGUGGUAUAAAAGGAGCGGCGCACUCCAAAUCCUCAUUACACCACAUUGGCUUUUUUUUUUUUAGCAGCAUCGAGCCUCCGAGCGGUUUUCAGAGUCUAAUGAUCCCCUGACAACUGAGCCGAGUGACGAUUUCAAACCCCGUCGGGUUUCAGUAAAGCCUUUCUGUCCUCUUCUGCCCGCGAGAGACACAGAAAUGCACACGGAAAUAUAACACACACAGAAAUGAUACACUCAAAGAGAAACAUGCACAGAAACACUCACCUACAGACAAAGCGCUAUUCCUUUUCUGUUUGAUUGUGCUGACAAACAGCCCUUUUGGCUCAUCUCAAUGCUGUUUUCUCUCUCCCGGCAGAUGAGUUGCAUGCUCAUUAGUUUGUGCAUUCUCUCAGUGUGGCUGUCUGUGUGUGUGUGUGUGUGCGGAAGUUAUCCAGAAAACAGAUUUUUGUGUAAUCAACAUCUAAGCUGUGUUGUUUUAUAAGCUAAAACCUAGAUAUUCAACCAAAGUUUGAUCCAAAUUUACCUGAUAUUGCAAUUUGAUCGGUGUCCUAUUUUGAGUUGUUUUAACUGGAGUGAAAAUAUUUUUAUAACAGAUGACUUUCUGUAAGAUUGAUGUAGGUAAUAAGAGAGGGUUGGAGGCUUUCCGUAUUCAUCAUUCUGACUUGGUUUCCAUAUUAGUCUCAGCUGUGCAACUCUAAAGAGGAUUCACAAAAAAGUAAAACUUUAAAAAUGAAAAUAUAGUUCAGUGAGAAUAAAGGUGGGUGAGACAGAAAGUGGGUGAGGUAGAAAGUGGGUGAGGACGCAUGAGAGGUAGUGAUUGAGAGCAGAUGAGAAACAGGUGGAAGAGCGAGUGCCCUCAAAGUGAAAGAGCGAGUCAGAGAGAUAUAAAGAAAGAUAGGAGGGAGAGAGGGAGACAGAGGAGAGAGAAAUGGCACAGAGGAAAGAUAAUCAUGUCUCUAGAUACUAACCGCCUCCCCAAAACCCUCUGCAUAUUUUAGGAACAGAAUGUCAGAACAUCUUAGUUAUCACCUAGAAACAGACACAGCCUGUAUCCCAAGUGAUGCCCUAUUCUCUACCUAGUGCCCUACCUUAGACUAGAACACUUCACACUACCCAGGCGUUGGGGACGCCAGCGGCCUCCUUCCGCUCAUCGCCCCUAUAUAAUGCUACAGACAGAGAGAAUUGAUGUCAUGAAAGACUUUCUUUACCCCAGUGACACAGCCUUGACCAAAAGCCCUUCCUUUCUUUCCAGUCGAGCUGCUCUUAGACUUCUUCCAGAGUUUCUGCUCUCUAUGAGUUCUCUGAGAAAAGAAAUUAUGUUUUCACAUUAACACUUUUAGAUUAUCUGUGCGAGCCGUGUUCAGGGCUUGCGUUACCGAAAAGGGGAACAUUGACCUCACGGAGACAAUCUCGUCUUCGAUCUCAUUUCGGUGUCCCAUAACAACGUCGUGAUAUGGCCCUGGGAUUGUGUCAGUCCUCCCUCCCGUCUGCUUUUUCAAAUGCAUUUUGUGCUACUCAUCACAUCAGCCUAUCCAGGGAUGUCAGAAUGUAAGAGGGGUGUUACCAUGGUGAGCUAAAGAAGAUGAUGAUUGCGAUGCCAUUUGACAGGAUCAUUAUAUAGCAAAUUGGGAGUUUUGACAGUUUGGCGCAGUAUUGAAUGUCUUUUCGGUUCAUAACACACAUUCCUGCCAUCUGACCUUCUUCCAUUAGAAUACUAUGGAAUUGUUUAUUUACAAGAUAUUUAAGAGAGUGUCUCAAUAUUUGAAUUAAUUAAAUAUAUCUAUUGAUAUACAUUUGACAUGAUAUACAGUUUAAGAGAGAGAUUCUUUCUUUUUUUAUAUUAUGCAUUCCCUUUGUUUCUUUGAUCGUUUGUGUAGGGGCCAAGGCGGUUAGUUUUUUAUUUGCUAUUUUGUCACUCUAUAUGUUUUUCUUUGCAGAGAAACAAACAGCUACCAUAUUUCAUACCUGUAGAAUGAUGAUUGACUGCACCCGUAGAGCCCUCUUUAGAAACUUAAGUAGAGUCCCUAGUAGAAUCACCAGUAGAGCCCUGAGUAGAACCCUUAGUAGAAUCCCCAUUAGAGCCCUCAGUUGAACCCUAAGUAGAGUCCCCAGUAGAGUUAUUGGUAGAGCCCUAAGAAUAGUCCUUAGUAGAGCCUUCAAAGCCUCAACAAACUGUUGAAGAAUGAAGACAGAGCCGGCCCUAGCCUUUUUAGGGCCCAUAGCUAGAUGUGGUUGAGGGCCCCGCCCUUACAUCUCAGACUGGACAGGCCUCUGGGUUGGGCUUCCUGUCCACUUAUUGGCUGGGCUGGCACCAAGUACAGAACUGACAUUCAGUUGUGAGGUGUUGCUGGUGACCAAAAGGUUUUAUUGGGAAAACUAUUGUGUAUACAAGCAUACAUGGACUGAAACAGAAGCUGUUAAGAGAACUGGAAAGCAGAAAACCUCUGAAAAAGAGAACAAAGUUAAGAUCGAACAAAAACUUUUUUGUACAGAGAUAUAUUUUUAUGGAAAUACAUUUGUAAUAUAAAAGGAGGAGAAAAUGGAUUGACAGAUCUGUAAAUGUUUUUUUUCCAUUAUUGUAGUACAAAUGCUAGUGGGGAAUAUACAAAAAAAUCUAUCUAUAUAUAUACAACGAGAAAAAUAGAAACAAAGCUUUUUGUAAAUGUAAAAAAGAUUGUACAUACAAGUUUAAAUACGUACUGUACAUAUGUAAGACCCACCACGGCUUGUCUGCAAUAUAUAAAAUGUAUUUUAUUCAUCUGUAUAUGACGCUUUACAUUGUGUCCAAGCUUAUUCUACUUUCUCGAACUUGAAACUUAUUUUGAAGUUUUUGCAAUAAAAAAUUAAAAAACAAA